GGACGCGUCUAAGCGCCAGCGCCAUGAGCUUCUUCACGGAUGCCAGGGGACGUGACCGCCGCGCGCUCGUCUACUACCCGUUCACCAUCGAGGAAGAAGUGACCUCCGAGGCGGAAGAUGUCAGCGCUGAAAAAGACCAGAAAUUGCCCCAUUGGUCCCCACCUCGAAAUUUCAAUGAAGGUAGACGCCUCCCUCCGGCUAGGAACAUGAAGGGCUUAUCGAGCAGCCGAACACAGCACCCGAUUCCUUUACCCCAUGGCUUGGACUACGACCCUCACGUCCACGACCUUCACGCCCAUCAUGGCUCGGACUCCCGCCACCCUUCCUACUUGCUCAGCCCCACCGAGAGCUGCCCCGUGGACUUCCACCACCGCUACUCGCCACGUAGCUCCAUUCACUCUGACUGUAUGAUGAUGUCUCCUGUCAUGAUGCCCCCAGCUGCUGUGUCUGACCACAUAUCCAGUAGUACCUUUCCCAGGAUGCACUACAGUUCCCAGUACUAUGACUCAGCCACACGGGAUGACUGUGCUGCCAUUACAGCCUCUGCCACCUCCCCUGCUGUCGCUGCUGCGGCUGCUGCAGCAGCUGCCUCUUCCCACCAUGCUGGCACCAAGAGCAACCGCCUUCCUGCUAACCUACUAGACCAGUUUGAAAAGCAACUGCCGCUACAUCGCGAUGGCUUCCACACAUUACAGUACCAGCGCACUUCCACCACCACUGAACAGCGCAGUGAGAGCCCUGGCCGCAUCAGACACCUUGUUCACUCUGUCCAAAAGCUCUUUACCAAGUCCCACUCACUGGAGGGGUCGUCCAAGAUGAAUGGCACAAAAGGUGAUAUCAUGGGAAGUGCAGGAGGAGCUGGGAGCUAUUAUCAUCAUGGCCACCACUCCACCAAACAUGGCAGCAAGAGGAGCAAGAGCAAAGAACGUAAACACCGCUCCGGUGGGUGGUGGAGCUCCGAUGACAACCUGGACAGUGACAGCACCUACCGCACACCAAGCGUCAUGUCACGGCACCACGGGGAGCAUGUGAGUCACUGCUACCCCGAUUCCAUGCACAGCCACCACUUUGGAGACAUGUCACUCAAAACCUCCAAGAGCAACAACGAUGUCAAGUGCGCAGCCUGCGAGAGCAUAGCUAUGACACCCGAAGGCAAAUUCAUGAAGAGGAGCUCCUGGUCGACGCUGACAGUCAGUCAGGCGAAGGAGGCCUAUAGGAAGUCAUCACUUAAUCUAGAGAAACACAGCGACCUCAAGCCUUCACGGACAUUUCACUACUUGCAGGUGCCCCAGGAUGAGUGGAGUGGAUAUCCAGGUGAGAAGGAUGAGGAGAUCCCAUGUCGGCGGAUGCGCAGCAGUAGCUACGUCAAAGCUAUGGGAGAGGUGGACGAUGAAAGUGGUGAUUCUGACACCAGCCUUAGGACCUCACCGCAGAAAGCCAUCCGGCCCGAUGCGCUGGUCCUAAAAUCAGCCAUGCAUAGACCCCACUUAGACUCCCACAGCCAGGGCUACCACUUGCAAACCACAAGAGAUAUGCGGCCCCACCCUAGUGUCACACUGGACCCAGCCACCACCUUUCAUCCCCCGCCCUUCCGCUCUCGCAACCAGAGCUACAUGCGUGCCGUCAGCACCCUCAGUCAGGCUAGCUGCGUCAGCCAGGUGAGUGAGACUGAGAUCAAUGGCCAGUUUGAGUCAGUUUGCGAGUCCGUUUUUAGUGAAGUAGAAUCCCAGGCCAUGGAGGCCUUGGACCUGCCUGGUUCGUUCCGAACUCGAAGCCACAGUUACCUCCGUGCAAUUCAGGCUGGUUAUUCCCAAGAUGAUGACUGCUUGCCUUCAAUGACAUCCUCCACUGUCACUUCAACUCUCAGAUCCACAACAGAGGGAUAUGAUGUUGUGGAUGGGACUUCUUUACUAAAUGACGACAUGAUAGAGGAUGAUGACGGUGCUAGCUCGUCUGCCUAUGCAGAGCUGGAGAGGCUGGAGAGGGAGACUGCUGCUGCUCGUAGCCAGCACAGCACUAGCUCCACUGUAACAGCCAUUUCUGUUCCACCGGCAUCCCCGCCUUUAUACAGGGUCCCUUCUGCCUCACCCAUAGCCACUUCUGAGCCACCAGUACCACAGGCCAUUCAGGCUUUUAAGGAGUCUGCCAACAUGGUUGCCGCCUUUAACAUGCAGUGGAAGGAUGAAAUCUCGGCAAUGCGCUAUGAGCUGGCAGAGCUGCGAAGAGAUGUCUGCGGCGAACUGAAGACUUUCAACAGCAACUUCUUCAACUUUACUCAGUGCUACAACAUGUGGACUUUGUGUCGGGAACCCUGCAGUGACAGUACGACACAAACAGAUGACCGAGUGUCUAUCGGAAUUCAAGCAGGCUCAAGCUGGUCUGUUCGACAGAGUACCCAGGACAAGUCAGUGAUGUGCCAACCAGAGCCAGCGCCUUUCAGCAUUAUGGAUUUGAUGGACCCACCGAGAAUUGAGAUCAUUGAGGGAACUCCUGAGAGCACUCCAGAAGGUUCUGGCAGUCCCGCCAGCCCACUUCCAAUAGAGGACUUCCCGUGGGAGAUCAACAAAAAGCAAAAGGCCCAUACGCAGCCAGACACAGGCGGCCACACAGGUGGCCACAGAAGUGCCAGUUUAGAGCUUUGGAGUAGAAAGUACACCAGUGGACCCAUGUCAUAUCUGUCUAUGUCAUUCUAAUCAUUCCCAGUCCAGGCAUAGUGUAAAAUGAGGUGAGGAAGCCAAGGUAAAAUUCAAGAAAUGCAGGGCAGAGCUGUUGUUAGAUGUCCCUUUACUAUGCAGACACAUGGUCUGUCAUCUCUUGAAAAAGGUUACAAUAGUGUUCAAGCAAUCUUAACAAGUGUCUUGCUUAGCCAUGGAACAAACAAUAAGGGUUCUGUUUUACAGCAGAACAAGGUGACAUAAGAAUGUGACAGAUAAUGUGUCUGAUGUUCAGAUCCUCAAGUGCCAACUAGAGCAGCAUCGUCUUUCCUCCACCGUCUUAAAUCCGCAACCUCAAGAGAAACUCAUAACAAGCAUACAUACAGAACAUAACAGAUAUCUAAGGGCCAUUUGACAAUAAAACUUAUUAGCCUUUGAGAAGUUUUGGCAUUUGAUCUGCACAUAAAUUUAAAAAGCUCAUGUUCAUUCCAGUUCCUCUUUAUAUAGAAAGAGUCUUUUAAGCACCUGAAUAUUCAGAAAGAAAAUACUGUGAAUAUCUUUAUAAACCCUACUUUUUUUAUUAAUGCAUCAAAGUUUACUACAUUACUUAUGAAUAUAUUGAUAUUUAAUUCUUUUUUAAUUAUUCUAAUGAACAGCAUUCCUUUGCCAUAGUGUUUAUCCAUUCUGUAGCCAGUUCAACUUAAAUGGGCAUUUUGAAAUAUACUAAGCUUUUCCCAAUAGUGAACAAGUGAACUGCAAACCAUGUAUAAUCAAGAGUGAAAUGCCGAGUAAAACUCAACUCAUAAAAUUUAAAAAAGCCUAAUGCUACGAAAACAGCAAAGGUGACACUGUCUCAUUGCUUUGUGAGCUUAGUUUAAAAAAAUGUUUACGACAAAUCAUUUGAGUUAUUUCAAAGUCUAACAGCAUGUAGAGAAGAGACAAUAAGGAAGACUAACCAUGUUCAUUGAAUGUGAAUGUACUGGCUUCAGUUCAUUCCCGCACAAACUGCAUUUAUUGUCAAACUCUUUAUAUGUAUAUAAAUGUAACAUUUUGUAAAUAGAGAAACUUAUAAUCAACACUUUUACUGUUUGCUGUUAUAAACAUACUGUGUCCUAACAGCGCUGAGAGAAGUUACAGUAGUAAUUGUGGUUCUAAACCAAACAGCACUUUCCAGUCUUCGAGGUCUGUCUACAUUUGUGUCCAACCUACAUCAUGUGCAUUACUCAGCUGUCUAUACACCGCCUAACAAAGUAACCUAACAUAGUUUAUGCCAGUGCUUUUUUCUGUUGUUUUCUUUGAGUUGUGAUGAAAGGCGAAAGAAACAUUUAUUUAGAAAGCUACCAAAUAAAAAUUAGUUUGGUAAACAAAUGUGGAACAACUUAAUUUAUUAUAUUUAGAAUAUAAGAUUCAAUGUUAAUUCCAGAGGGCAAAUGCUUUGCUUUGUUACAGCGGUCACCAACUUCAUCAGAAACCUAAUCAGGACUCGAGAAAGUAUAACCACUUAAUUACCUACACAACAAAAUUUAAAAAACAAAAAAAGAGCAACUUAACAGGAUGCGGUAUAUCUUAUGUCUGAACUAUUCAUACUAGUCCAGUCUUCUAAUCACAUUUCUCUAGGGAGGGUGGGGUCAACCCAAAGAAGACAACAGAGAAACACUGGUCCCUAAAGUAGACAAUCAGAGCCACUGAGGGCCUCUACCUCUCUAUCUUGUCCCCAGAGGUGCAGUAUAGUACCACUGAAUGUACUGGUACCGCCUCACUAGUGAUGGCUUAGCUGUGCUCCUGGCCGUAAUGUGUGGGAGACCUCAAUCAUCUGCUAUAUUUGGCCAACCAUUCAUUUUACCUGUUACUCAUAAUGAUAGCUGUUCUGUGGCAACUGGUAUUCCCUUCAACCACUCAUCUGCUUCAAUGUCCUAUGUCGUACCAAAGUUAAUGCUGGGGUCUAUGGAGCCAGGGCCAACAACAAACAUCUCCGAGCUCUACAGCAGUUAUCUCUGGACGAUCACAGCACAGGACCGUGGGAUGUCUGUCAGACCCCUGAUUGAAAUGUGAACCUUGUAAAAGGACAUUUAAUAAGAAACAGGCUCACUUUUAUAAAGUGAGUGCAUCUAUUUCCCCUUUGCACGACCAAAAGACAUCACUUGACAAGUGUGGCAUUUAGAAAAGAUCAAAGGUCAAAAUUAAAGCCACACAAAAAAAAUAAAGGCAAAUAUGCUUCAGUUACUGCAGUACUGUAGCUUCAUCCCAUACACAUUUAGCAGUAUUAUGUUGAUGCUAAAAUAUCUAACCAAAUGAUUCCUUUGCAUUGAUGUGUUAUGGAGAAACAAUACAAAUAUGCUUUAUAAUUUUGGCAGCAACAUCAAAACUUUGGACUUAAGGGUGUUGAGAUUUCAUUAAGAAAGUACAAUAUCGUGCUUUGAGUCUAAUAUUGUUGACAUUUUCCACUACUAAAUGCAGAAUGUGAAAUUUUAAAAUCAUCUAACUAUACAUUAUUAUAUCAAUAUCAACAUAUGGCAUUUUAUUUUAGUGAAAGGCACAUGACUGUGACAUUUACCCUAUCACACACACACACACACACACACACACACACACACACACACACACACACACACACACACACACACACACACACACACACACAAAAUUGUAUAAUAUAUUUAUAUAAUAAAUUGUACAAUAUAUCCACGUGACUAUGAGGGGAUGCAGUGGCAUUCCUUCCUUAUUUCUUCCCAUUGUUUGGGGAGUGCAGAGUUAUUUAACGGUGCUGAAGACUGGCCAAUCAUGAUGUCUCCUAACUACAUUCAUUCAUUCUAUGCAAGUCCUUUGUUGUGCUACAUCUUAAUAUUUACAUUUUAACUACAUACAGUAGAUGUUUAUGUUCAGCUUUCAUGCAAAACUUUAAUAUUGAAAAUGGAAUGUUUUCAAAAAGGUAUUUGUGGCUCAGAAAUUGAGGACAGAAACAAACUAACAAACAACAAAACAAUCUUUGCAAGAGCCAAUGGCAGCACUGGGGUUCUUCUACUGUUCCCUGCUAAACAGCUCACAUUCUCACAUUUAGUUCUAUGUAGUUCUAUGAAUACCUGCUAUGUAGUAGCAUUGAUGUGGUUUUUGACAUGAUGUACAAAAGCAAUGAUCAUCAUAAGUGCAUCAUAUUUAUCUAUUUUGGUGAUUUAUUUACUAAUAUUGGAUAAAUUGGGGGAAAAAAACUGUGAUAAAAUACAAGUAUUGCAAUUGUUUAAUAUUCUUAACAUAAAUCGUAUUAAUCUCUAAACUGGUGAGUGAAAUUCAGCCAGACUAAAAAAAGUUUAAUCCAUUGUGUCAACGUUAUGCCAUUGUGUGAUCCAAAGAAAUGAACGUACCCCUUAAAACAAGUUGAAAUGUAGCAAAAAAGAAACUAGUCUAAAUAUUAUUUUAAAAAUGAACACAUGAUAGAAAGACUAAAUAAGAAAAACUAAUGAUAUUUAAAAUUAUUUUUCAACCAUGCAACCAUACUUUGUCUAAUAAAACAGAUAUUUAUACAAAUCUGAAUUUUGAACUGUUUAAUGUGUAAGUGAAAUAUACCAUGAGUUUUUGUUUACAUUUAGCUGUCAUCCAGAGAUCUGAUGCAACAACUGUGCCAACAAAAGGUUUUUGGAUGGAAUCUGAUCUCAACUGAACCUGUAAAACUGCUUGAAUAUAAAUCCUUUUCUACCAAUGUGUUCUCUUCCUGCAUUUAUUCAGUGUGUCCAGAAACACCAUGCUACUUUGUUCUGCAUCGAUCAUCUUGCAAUUUUCAGGGAUCUCACACUGUUUAGUGUUUCAGAUUAUUAAGUCAAAAGUUUAUAAGUAUCCUUUUGAAAGCUAUAGUUUAGGCUAGAUUUGUUAUUUUAUCAUUACUUGGUUGAACAAAACAAGCAGAACGUGUCCUUUUUUUGGCUUAUUGUGGCAUUUCUUGUGAAUUUUCAUUUAAGACUUUUACUGAAACUGUAUUUUUCAUAAAAUUGAUAUAAAAACAAUGGAUUAAAUGUUUAUGAUGUUUAUGGUAA